GUCGCUAUUGGCAGUAGCGCGGUGACGUCACGGAGGGGCGGGGCCGGGGCGCAGCAGGUCCGGUUCCUCGGCGCAGCCGGACGCGAUCGCCGCCGUCACCGGGAGCCGCCGCCCCGCCCGCCGGGACCGCCGGUCUCCGGAGCUGGCCAGGAUGGCGCAGUGGAACCAGCUGCAGCAGCUCGACACGAGGUACCUGGAGCAGCUCCACCAGCUCUACAGCGACAGCUUCCCCAUGGAGCUCCGGCAGUUCCUGGCCCCGUGGAUUGAAAGCCAGGACUGGGCAUAUGCUGCCAGCAAGGAGUCACACGCCACGCUGGUGUUCCACAACCUGCUGGGGGAGAUCGACCAGCAGUACAGCCGCUUCCUGCAGGAGUCCAACGUCCUGUACCAGCACAACCUGCGCCGCAUCAAGCAGUUCCUGCAGAGCAGGUACUUGGAGAAGCCGAUGGAAAUAGCCCGCAUCGUGGCUCGCUGCCUCUGGGAAGAGUCCCGGCUCCUCCAGACAGCUGCCACUGCAGCCCAGCAAGGGGGACAGGCAACACACCCAACUGCAGCUGUGGUGACAGAGAAGCAGCAGAUGCUGGAGCAGCACCUGCAGGAUGUCAGGAAGAGGGUGCAGGAUCUGGAGCAGAAGAUGAAAGUGGUGGAGAAUCUCCAAGAUGACUUUGAUUUUAACUACAAGACUUUGAAAAGCCAAGGAGACAUGCAGGACCUGAACGGGAACAACCAGUCAGUGACCCGGCAGAAGAUGCAGCAGCUGGAGCAGAUGCUGACAGCACUGGACCAGAUGCGCAGGGGCAUAGUGAGCGAGCUGGCUGGGCUGCUGUCAGCCAUGGAAUAUGUGCAGAAGAUGCUGGCAGAUGAGGAACUGGCAGACUGGAAGAGGCGACAGCAGAUUGCCUGCAUUGGUGGCCCACCCAAUAUCUGCCUGGACAGGCUGGAGAACUGGAUAACCUCCCUUGCUGAAUCACAGCUACAGACCCGGCAGCAGAUCAAGAAGUUGGAAGAACUGCAGCAAAAAGUGUCCUAUAAGGGUGACCCCAUCGUCCAGCACCGGCCCAUGCUGGAGGAGCGGAUUGUGGAGCUCUUCAGGAACCUGAUGAAAAGUGCUUUUGUUGUGGAGAGGCAGCCCUGCAUGCCCAUGCACCCCGACAGGCCCCUCGUCAUCAAGACAGGUGUGCAGUUCACCACCAAAGUCAGGUUGUUGGUCAAGUUUCCAGAGCUGAACUACCAGCUGAAAAUCAAAGUCUGCAUUGACAAGGACUCUGGGGAUGUUGCAGCACUUCGGGGGUCUCGGAAGUUUAACAUCCUGGGGACCAACACCAAGGUCAUGAACAUGGAGGAGUCAAACAACGGCAGCCUCUCAGCAGAGUUCAAACACCUGACCCUGCGGGAGCAGCGCUGUGGCAAUGGAGGCCGAGCCAACUGUGAUGCCUCGCUGAUAGUCACUGAGGAGCUGCACCUCAUCACUUUUGAGACAGAGGUGUAUCACCAGGGGCUGAAGAUCGACCUGGAGACCCACUCGCUGCCUGUGGUGGUCAUCUCCAACAUCUGCCAGAUGCCCAAUGCCUGGGCAUCCAUCCUGUGGUACAACAUGCUGACCAACAACCCCAAGAACGUGAACUUCUUCACCAAGCCACCCAUUGGGACCUGGGACCAGGUGGCAGAGGUGCUGAGCUGGCAGUUCUCCUCCACCACGAAGCGCGGCCUCAGCAUCGAGCAGCUGACCACGCUGGCAGAGAAACUGCUGGGACCAGGUGUGAAUUACUCUGGCUGUCAGAUCACCUGGGCCAAGUUCUGCAAGGAGAACAUGGCUGGCAAAGGCUUCUCCUUCUGGGUCUGGUUGGACAACAUCAUUGACUUGGUGAAGAAGUACAUCCUGGCACUGUGGAAUGAAGGGUACAUCAUGGGGUUCAUCAGCAAGGAGCGGGAGCGAGCCAUCCUGAGCACCAAGCCGCCAGGGACCUUUCUGCUGCGCUUCAGUGAGAGCAGCAAGGAAGGUGGCAUCACCUUCACGUGGGUGGAGAAGGACAUCAGUGGGAAGACACAGAUCCAGUCAGUAGAGCCUUACACCAAGCAGCAGCUGAACAACAUGUCCUUUGCUGAGAUCAUCAUGGGCUACAAGAUCAUGGAUGCCACCAACAUCCUGGUGUCCCCUCUGGUGUACCUGUACCCAGACAUCCCCAAGGAGGAGGCAUUUGGGAAGUACUGCCGCUCCGAGAGCCAGGAGCACUCGGAAGCCACAGACUCAGGUAGUGCUGCUCCAUACCUGAAGACCAAGUUCAUCUGUGUCACCCCCACCUCCUUCAGCAACACCAUCGACCUGCCCAUGUCCCCGCGCACCCUGGACUCGCUCAUGCAGUUCGGCAACAGCAGCGAGGGCGCGGAGAGCAACGCGGGCGGGCAGUUUGAGUCGCUGACCUUCGACAUGGAGCUGACCCCAGAGUGUGCGUCCUCGCCCAUGUGAGGGGCUGCGCCGGCGCGCGGGGCCCUCCCCGGGCUCUGCCUUCCCAGCUGCAGAGCGCGGCCCCGGAUUUGUCCCACUCGGCUGCAGCUGCUCCGGGCCCGCCCUCGGGACCUGCCGGGGUCCCUGAAUGGGUCAGGCCCUCACUUAACC